AUGGUGCUGUCGUCGGUGCAGCAGGUGUUCAUCUCCGUCUUGCUGGUGCUCUGCGUUUUCGUGGUGAUGCCGAGGAUGUUCGGCGGAAGUGGCAGGUCCCCGCGGGGGGCCAAGGCCUCCCCUGGUCGCCACGAUCCCCAUCAGCAGCGCCACGGUAUAUGGGGUGGGCCACCUUCCCCUUCCCAUCCCUGCAGUCCGGUUAUAGAGGGAAACGAGGGAGCUUCAUAGCGAACAGUGUUUUUCUUUCAACAGGGUCCUUUUUCCAAGCAAUCUUAAGUCCCGCCCCAUUUUAUUUUUUAUUUUUUUUUGCCGCAAAGGUAUGGGUGAUAUUGGAGGAGAAAGGUGAUGCUGGGCAUUAACUGUCAUCGGUGUCAUUUAUGUUAUGUGUGCUAUGAAACAGCUCCAACUUUUGCAUGUUGCCUUCCCCCUUUAACUCAUUAAUUCUUUCUUCUUUUUCUUUUUGGAAUAAUAAUAUUUUGAGUUGUAGUAUUGAAUUAGUCCCAAGGAAGGUGAAAAACUGGUGUUUUCUGCGUUUUAUGCAUACUGGGAAAGAACUUCUAGGGCAGAAUGAGAAAAACCCACUUUUGUUUCUAUGUUCUUAAAAUUGAUAAAGUCUUGGAAGAUCAAUAUUCUCAAGGGGGAAACCUAGCUAACUUCCUUUUGGCCUAAAAUCUAUCAAGAAAAUUAGAAAUUAAAAUUUCAGCCAUUCUUAUAGCAGCAUUAGGUAUGUCUCUCUAGUUCAGAUUUAAGCUAUCCUAUUUUUAUUUAUUUGUUUUUUUGGCCUUUAAUAUACUAGUAGGCUCCAUACUUCUCUUGUUAUUCUGCCAGUGUGUCAGAGCUGUGGGGAAUGGGGAAUGUGUUUUGUGCUUUAACUGAAUGUUGCUCAUAACUUGCUUUAUUUGUUUAUACUUUAAUGUUGCUUUUCCAUUGUAACAUGGCUAAAGUAUAGCAGUCUUUCAAGCUCCAGCAUGACAUAAAAUCAAACAAAAUGUCAACAUAUAGCACAAAAUAAAAUUAAAACAUUUCCAGCCAAUUCCUGUGUCUGAUGUGACUUUGAUCGCGGAGCUCCAUCUGCAAAGAGGAGACUCAUAAGAGUUUUUAAGAGGGGCUAAUUUUAAGUGUGGAGUGGAGAAGCCUCUUGUCAUGUUCAUUAGCAUCAGCCAAUCUCACACUAUCACAUUGAGACUGUACCUGGAAUUGCUUUCCACAGUGAAGCUGAUUUCUCCAUGCUGCAGAACAAUUCUCUUCUUCACAGACUUGAGUGCUUUCAUAUUUUUUUAUUUCAGUCUGUUUGUAUGUGCAUGUAUGUAUAUAUGUAUUAUUUGUUUUUCAGGUGGAUCUGAGAGAAUCUUGCAGUCACAGAUGAAUUCAGAGGGUUCUGAAAGCAAAACAUACCAAAGCAUCCAACAAAUGAGAAAUGCAAUGGAGAAAGAGAUCAAGACUGAGCGGACUAGAGGGAAUGGCAAAGACUUUGCUUUAACACUCAUGCCCUUGUAUGCUGUUGGUGUGGGUGUAUUUGCUUUAUACAAGUUCUUAAAGGUAACUAUUAGCAAGAGAAUUUAUGAUCCACGUAGUUGUACAGAACUGGGAUUUGUUCAGUCGUGUAUGUAAUGAUAAUGCCACUACCAUGCCCCACUCCCAAACAACUUUGGAACAAUGCAGGAAAAGGUGAUGAUAAUGAUGCCUCUGCACAUAGCUUUUAGAACAGUCUCUGUUCUGACUCAAAGCAGAAACAAGACAAGAUUUGCUCACUGCGAGAGGUGAAGUUACAGGGAACCAGGCAGAGGGCCCUCUCAGUAGUGGCGUUGGCCCUGUGGAACGUCCUCCCAUCAGAUGUCAAAGGAAUAAACAACUAUCUGACGUUUAGAAGACAUCUGAAGGCAGCCCUGUUUAGGGAAGUUUUGAAUGACUGAUGUUUUACUGUAUUUUUAAUCUUUUGUUGGAAGCCACCCAGAGUGGCUGGGUAGAAAUAAAUUAUUAUUAUUAUUAUUAUUAUUAUUAUUAUUAGGAUGCCACAUCCUCCCCUCACCAUCAUAUUCAGCUGAGACCCUCAAGUAGCUUCCUGCUCUAUGCUCCAGCAGGCAGCAAAACAAACAUAGCAGGAAGCACAACCCCUGCCUAGACAAAUGAUUGACUCCAAAAAGGAGAGAAGUCAACAGCAAAGCCAAUUGGAGUUGGAGGUGGUUGGGCCUGCAUCACAGGAAAGGGUGUCUACAGAUAGGCAGUCACCUAGUCUGAUAGUGGAAGUGGAAACGAUAACCAAGUGGAGAAGUGUAUUUCUCCAGCAACACUUGAAAUAUGCAUUGGCAUACUAGGUUCUCCACAACAAGUUUGCAACCUGGUCAUAAAUAUAUGUAUUUCCAGUAUUGGAGCCCUUUGCUUUCUCAGGAAAGAAUGAAAUAUAAAUGCCUUAGGCUGGACUUGUAAAUGCUCUUAUAGUCCAAUAAAUGCGGUUAGGAGUAUAAGCAACAAUUGUGUCUCCCAAAGGUUCUUCUAUUAGAAAGGCUUUUGUGAUAUUACAGAAAUAUCUGUGUUGUAUACAGAAUUCAGAUGACAAAAGGCAGUAGUGGGAAUUUUAAUCAUUCUUAGGAUUGUAUCUGAAAUAAAUUAUACUAAAAUCGGUAUGACUAAAUCAGGAAAACUGAACUGUAAGUUAAAACAUUAUGACUAGGAAGGGGCUAGUCUUCAGCGUAGUUCAACUGGAAACUUUGGAUUGAAGCUGGUUUUGUCAUAGUGAAGUCAGUGAGAAUAAAGAGGCUGAAACAUAAAUUAAGCAGAUGGGGAAAUAUGUUUUGGAUUACACUAUAUUUCCAAGGUAAAGUAUUAUUACCUGCCUCGUGUCUUCACAUUAAUCUAAAUGAGUGAAACAUUUUCUUGAGGUUUAGUUAUUUUCAAUAUUAAAAGCUUUUGUGGUAAAUUUUGUUUACUCUUUCAUAGAUGAAAUCUCAAGAAGAAAGCUUAUCCAAGCAAGAAAAAACUACAGAAGUUAAGACAAAAGAAACAGGUAGAAGUUGAUUCAGAAAUCUCUGGCUAGAGAUCUUUAUCAUACAGUUUGCAUAUAGUAGUUCAGGCAACCACACCUCAGCUUAAGAAGCUUGAUAUAUUUUUUCAACAGCCCUUCUGUUCCCCUGUUUGUGUAAGCAGCAAUCAAAUUGGUGGAAUUGUAUAAUCUUAAUUGCUUUUUGGGCUGCUGUUUUAUGAGUCGAGUGCAUUCAUGAAAAUGCAUUCCACUGACUGCUUACUGAUAGUUAUGGCAAAGCUACUUUGUAUCAUUAUUCCUUAGCACAGACUACAGCAAUCUACUUUGGAGAACAGAAUUCUUGCGAGUAUUGAUAAUGUAUGUAUUUGGUUUUUAGAAAAAAUGUCUGUCAGAUCAAAUGCUGCUCAUUUAAUCAAAUAAGUGAAGCUGUUUUUUCCUAGCCAUUUUGCUGGUAAAAUGACCUUUACAAAUUUUCUCUGCAUUGUAUUAUUUAUAAUGCAAUCCCAAUCAUGUUUAUCCUGAAGUAAAUUCAGUAACACUUGGUUUUUUUACUAUAAAAAUAGGUUUAGGAUUACAGCCCUUGAAUGCUUUAGUUCAGUUCCAUAGCUCCUCUGGAAAAGUAGAAAAAUAGAUUAUUGGUUUUUAAAUACCUAUUAGCAACACUGCUUUAAAAGUAUUUGUUCUCACUUGUAGAACGCCAGCUUAUGGAGUUGGAGCAACAUCUAGCACAGACAGAGAAAAUGUUAAAUUCUUUAUUGAAUCAGUUAGAUCCACUUUCAAGCUGGUGAGUAUUUUGGUGGGGAUUUGAUUUAGUAAUAUUUCAGCUCUUGAGGCAAUUGUGAGUUGGUAAAUGUGAUUAAACAUCACAAGAAUAUUAGCAUGUGAAUUGUUGUGCUGUCUCCAUAUUUUCUGCAUUAACAAUAAUUGACAAUAUAUUAAAAAAAUUACUGGAACAAUCUUUACAUUCCCUUCCUAGACCCUAAAUAGCAUUUUGGUAAUGUAGGCUACACAAGACUAGAUGAGUAAUUCAGAUUUCAAGGUGCCAAUAUUAAGUUUUCUUCAUACAGGCUUUUCAUGCAUUUGGAGUAUUUAUAGGUCUGAAUAUUUUAUGAUUGAAAAAUAAAUUACACCAGUAUCACUUGAACGACCCAUUUAAACAUUUAUUAGACUAAUAGUGGUAGAUACGUAGAUGAGAGUUUGAGUAUAUCUUGGAUCUCUUCUUUUGCAUGUGUCUUGAGCAAUAUUACAUGGGUCCAUUUAUUGGCUUCUGCCCACAUCAUGGCAGAUGCAGUUAGGUUUUGUGCCUGUAUUAUCAAUACAGUGUGGUGUAGUGGUUAAGAGUGGUAGAUUCGUAAUCUGGGGAACCGGGUUCGUGUCUCCGCUCCUCCACAUGCAGCUGCUGGGUGACCUUGGGCUAGUCACACUUCUUUGAAGUCUCUCAGCCCCACUCACCUCACAGGGUGUUUUUUGUGGGGGAGGAAGGGAAAGGAGAGUGUUAGCCGCUUUGAGACUCCUUCGGGUAGUGAUAAAGCGGGAUAUCAAAUCCAAACUCUUCUUCUUCUUCUUUUUUGCACUUGCCAGUUUGUGUCCUGUAGUUUUAAUCUGGAUUGCAGAAUCCGGACAGCAGGAGAAUUCCUGUUGCUUCCUUGAUGUGAUGAAAGGUGGUCCCUAGUGACUGGCAUAGUUGAAAGAUGGUUCCACAGCCUGUCUGAUUCUUAAGUGCUGCCAUAAGAAUAUAUCACUGAGAGUUUUCUUAUAAGAGGGCUAGAAAAAGUAUUUUGGUGGCAUAUUAACAGCUGCUCUCUAUUACUACCUGCUGACUUUUCAAUUAAUUUCAUGUCAGCAUUAAUGCCUUGGCUUCGGAACAGAAAGAUGAAAUUAUGGUACAGCUUGAGUCCAUUAGGAAGCUGAUGAAAGAAAGUGGAUUGGACAAAUCGACAAUGAAACCAGAAGGUACUUUUAUCUUUAGUAUGUUAAAAUGACACUGUAACCCCUGCUUGAGACUCUAUAUAUCUAUAUAUUUGUUUAAGCUACAGAACAAAAGAAACAUUACUUAUGAUUUAAUAGACAAGUUACAGAACUGUAUACAGUGGUACCUUGGGUUACAUACGCUUCAGGUCACAGACUCCACUAACCCAGAAAUAUUACCUUGGGUUAAGAACUUGCUUCAGGAUGAGAGCAGAAAUCGUGCAGCGGCGGCGCAGCGGCAGCAGGAGGCCCUAUUAGCUAAAGUGGUGCUUCAGGUUAAGAACAGUUUCAGGUUAAGAAUGGACCUCCAGAACGAAUUAAGUACUUAACCCGAGGUACCACUGUACUUUAAUGUAGUGUAUACUGCCAUCUAUAAUAAAGCUGGUUGCUCAUUUGCAAUUUUCUGAUAGCAGCUUUGUUUUAAUUAUUAUACAGACAGUGGACUUAAUUAUAAUUUUAAAUCUUCCAUUUUCUUCCCUCCCCUCUUUUAUUUAUUUAUUUAUUAUUAUUAUUUUGAAAUUCAGAUGUUAACCACACGUGCCAAGAGAGGCUUGAAGAUCUUAUUCAGUCAUUCAUUUCACAUCCUGAGGCAGAGAUGGGUGAGGGUGAUAAUGAAAAUUGUGGGCAUAAAGAGCAGUUUGAAGAUAUUGAGGAACACUGUGAUGAAGAGGUGCAUAAGCACUAUGAUCAUGAGUUCUUGCUUAGUCCAAUGGAAGACCCAAAGAAGAUGGAAGAUGAUGAAGUAAUUGAUCAAGAAACAGCAGAACCAGAGACUGGGUUAAGACGACGUAUUAAAAAUGAAUUAGGUAGAUAAGUUAUAUUUAAAAACUUGUAAUGAAUUAUUGCACAUAUUAUAAUGCACUUUUAAAUUAUUAUGGAACAGGUUCACAUUUGCUGCAAUAUGCAUUGAAACAAUAUAUUUAUGAAACUUUUCUAUUUAUUCUGUAUAAAGGUAUUUCUGUAUAUAUUAGCCUAAAAGCUCUAUAUAGUAUUCCACUACACUGUAAAGAUGCAAUGUAUUUUUUACAACUAUUAAAGUCAAGGAAUGGUAACAGAUUAUGUUGUAUACAUUUUUUUUCCAAUUUCUUACUUUUAAAGUCUACAUGUUUCACAUGAAUGUCUCCACAGAAAGGAUUGUGUACGGAGCCCCCGGUCGUCUCACGGACUAUUGACCCGUACACCAUAAUCCGCUGCCACCAACCAAGUCCUCCCUGGUAAAAUCACUUCCGUCUCAGUCACUUUUCAAUUAAUAAUAAAGAAGUGUAUUUUAUUUCAGACAUAAACAAAACUUUUACAGCAUACCAAACGGUGUUCCUCUCUCUAUCUCUGCUACCUCCCCCACACUCAAGGACCAACUGCCCUAACUAUCUCUCUAUUACCAACUGCCUUUCCCAACCAGCCAACCCAUGAAAUCCAACCAACUACCCACCCACAACUCCCAACGAACUCCUCCCAGAACUAGUUUUAUAGACCCACUGACUCCACCCCCCAGGGUCCUGUCUGUGCAACCUAUUUAACUAUUUCUCCUCCAGCACUCUCUCAUAUAUGUUAAUGUCACAAGGAUUUGGAGCAAAUACUGUGUACUGACAAGCAGUGAGUCCUGUUUUGUUUUUUGUUUUUACUUUUGUUCUGAAACAAUUGAAAUACUCUGGACAGUUUAUACAAUUCACUGUGAAAAGGUACUGUACUGGGAUAGUUUAGUUGGUAGAGCAUGAGCCUCAUGUUGGGUGACAGAUUCCUGCAUUGCAGGGAGUUGGUCCCUUCCAACUCUAUAAUUCUAUGAUUCUGUUACCUCAAUCUUAAUAAUUUUUGCCAGCCUUCCUGAAAAUUGUAUAGAGCAGCAGAAGUAUUGAAAAACUGACUAGCUAACAAUAGUGAAAUGUAAUAACUUACCUGAUGAGGUGUCAUAUAACUCAUAUUAGGUGUAAGUGGACAAAAACAGAUGAAAAAUGUUCCCUAAGUUUGAAAUUUGAGGACAAAUAUUUCUUACUUAUUUGAUCCCUGCAAAUACUAUGAAGACAGAAUUCUAUGACAGAUGUUUUUAAAUAGGGCUUCAAUAGGAUUGAAGAAGUAUUAAUCAUAAGUGGUUUUACGUAUGAGGACAUAAUAAUAAUCUUUUCCUUAGCAGGUCUUAAAAUCAGGUAAAUGCAUCCUUAGAUGAGCAACCAAACAUGACAUAUUACACUGUGUCAUGAUUUAUUGACCAGAAAUAAAGCUAUCUUUGAAUUCACACUUGGGUAUUCUACAUACAGUAAACUUAAUUUCAAAAUACUGUAUCCAUUACCGAGAGCAGCAUAAAAUACAUUAUGAGGGGGAAAACUUUUGUCAGGAUAGAAAAACCUGACACGGAUUGCCCUGCAGCCUGGGUGUUCGGAAAAAAAUAUAUGGUUCCAUCUUACAACACCAUGCUUGCUUGGGUUCAUGAGCCAAAUAGUAGUUUCUUGCAUUAGGAGAAAGCUGGCCCGUGCAGGAACUUUAUAAAAACACACAAACCAGGGCCGCUCGCUGUAACAGGUGGGCAGCUUAAGGCAAUCAUAGUAGCAAAAGUUGGCUCCUAUAUACCUCGUAAUCCGAUUUGUGGAAUUGCCCCCCGGAACUUGACCUGAGCACCGCGAUGUUGUUAUGGUAGCAGCGUAUGGAGUAGAGAGGUUGUUGCAACGGUGGCCUUUAGUAGUCGCCCCUCCUUCCCGCUUGUAGGUAUGCCUGGUAAAAAAAAGUGCGCAAGCUCCAGGUGAGGCCACAUUUUGACAAAUGCAACGCUCUCUCUGCGAUUAUAGGGGGAAGGUCGGUGGGUGGGUGCCCGCUUCCUUACACGCCCCCCCCCCGGUCUCUAUGCGCCCCUCCUAGGGCAGCACCAGCUGCUUUAGGCUCGCUUCCUAGGGAGGAGCUCGCGGAUUGUUCCCUCGGAACAAGCCCAGAAGAGAGAGCAGAGGUGGGGCUGGGAAGGAGGCUGGACAAGGAAGCGCCCAGGCGGGAAUAGGCCGAGGAAGGAAGGGACGUCGUCGCUGAGGUGAGAGCGGCAGACCAUCGGGGCGCUCGCCCGGCCUCCCCGUUCGCCUCUCGAGGCGUCUUUUCAACUUAACGCGCCCAAGUGGCGGUUGAAGGAGCGGGAGCGUUCCGUCUUGUUUACCGGUCGCCUAGGCAACCGCGGGGGCGCGCGCCCCACGCAUCCCUUCCCGGGAGCCGUUAACGGAGAAACUAGCGGGGCCUUUCAAAUUCCAACCGCCGUUUCUCCGCCGCGCUUAGCAUCAAAGUCGGACCUCCACAGAGUUCGCGCGCGCGUGUGUGAGAGAGAAAAGAUUUGUUGAGCCAUGGACGGAGCCGCGUUAACCGAGAGGCGGCCGCCGUGCUUGGCCGCGGAUCCCCAGCCCGGCGGCAGGCGGCGGUGAGAGCUCCGCGGCCGCGCGCGCUUCUGCUGGCGAGGAAACGGGACCGUGCGCGAAGGAGUCCCGAGGGCUCCCUUGCGCGCGAGGGGUCGAAGUGCCCGAAGGCGCCGCCAUCGAGGCUAACUAAAUAUGUAGCAGAGCCCAAAGGAAGUCCCAGGGGGCCCCCCUGCCUUUGUUGUUGUUGUUUAGUCGUUUAGUCGUGUCCGACUCUUCGUGACCCCGUGGACCAGAGCACGCCAGGCACUCCUGUCUUCCACUGCCUCCCGCAGUUUGGUCAAACUCAUGUCAGUAGCUUCGAGAACACUGUCCAACCAUCUCGUCCUCUGUCGUCCCCUUCUCCUUGUGCCCUCAAUCUUUCCCAGCAUCAGGGUCUUUUCCAGGGAGUCUUCUCUUCUCAUGAGGUGGCCAAAGUAUUGGAACCUCAGCCUCAGGAUCUGACAUUCCAGUGAGCACUCAGAGCUGAUUUCCUUCAGAAUGGAUAGGUUUGAUCUUCUUGCAGUCCAUGGGACUCUCAAGAGUCUCCUCCAGCACCAUAAUUCAAAAGCAUCAAUCUUCGGGGAUCAGCCUUCUUUAUGGUCCAGCUCUCACUUCCAUACAUCACGACUGGGAAAACCAUAGUUUUAGAUCAUUUUUAACUCCCAAGUUACUUUAGAAACUGUCCUGCAGGGCAGCCCCCUCCCCAAUACAUUUAUUUGUAGAUAUUAAUGUUGUUGCGGGAGGGAAGUAGAUUAUCAGAGGAGGGUCCCUUCCAACUCUGCCAUUCUGUGGUUCUGUCGAUGAUUUUAGUCAAUAUAUUUUAUUACGCGCCCUGUUCUAUGGACUCAGGCAGGGUUACAGCGUUUCCCACCAGCGGGGGCAAAACUAGGCUUUAUUUCACCCCAGUCAAAGACUAGUUUGGCACCCCCCCACGCACAAAUGCUCUUUUGUGUACACGUGUACACACACACACACACACAGAGGCUGGGAGCCUCAAUGGCGCCCCUCGGGAAGCUUAACCCCCGGACAAAAAGCCUGGCUAGCCCUCCCAUAGGUACUGGCUCUGCCACCAGUAAUGAGAGAUGAAUCACUGUCCUCAAAGGACAGCACAACCCUGACCCUAACUGAGUCUUCCGAGUGAUUCAGUGGCUACUAGCCAUCAAGGAAACUAUGCUCAGGGGUGGACUUUGGUAAUACAGUAUGGGGCCCUGAGAGAGGACAAUAUUUGGCACCUCCCCAUACAAUAUUUCUUAUUUUCAAAUGUCAUAUUCCCUCUUUUCUUCUGUUCUAUGCAUGCUUGCAAGCAUACUACAUCAUAGUUGAAACAAAUCACCCUUCUGACUCAAGUAGGUAGCCAUGUUGGUCUGACGCAAUAGAAAUAUAUAUAUAAAAAUAAAAAAAUUGUCCAGUAGCACCUUAGAGGCCAACUAAGUUUGUUCUUGGUAUGAGCUUUCGUAUCUGAAGAAGUGUGCAUGCACACAAAAGCUCAUACCAAGAACAAACUUAGUUGGUCUCUAAGGUGCUACUGGACAAUUUUUUUAUUUUUAAAAUAUAUUUCUACCCUUCUGACUGGGUGCCUACUUUGCACUGGUACCCAUAUAAAUAGAGGUUUCAUUAUUUUUAGUGCAUUUAACUGGUUGGUUCUAUGUAUUGAUCAUGUAUCCCUGAGUUAAUUUAUUUGUUGUAUGAAUAUGAGAAAAUUGAAUAAAACUGCAGAAAAGUCCUUCAUGGUGUAAUGUAAGGUUACUAGACGUCCCCGUUUCCUGGGGACAGUCCCCAUACAAAAUCCAUUGAAGUUGAAAAAUGUCCCCAGAUUCAUUGAAAAAAAUAUGGUAACCUUAGUGUAAUGGCUAGUUUGUGCUUCUAUGUUGAAACGAAAAUCUAGAACUUACAGUAUCCAAGAUUGGACUUUGAAACUCUGGUCUCAAGCUGCAUCUGGUUGAGCCUGAAGUAUGAAAUUUAUUAAAGCUUAUAGAUGCUCUCAUUUUAAACAAUAAAUUGAGACCUGCAGUAACUGAAUUGAAUGCUUAUGGAGAGAACUGCAGUUCAGGAGGGAAUUAGUUAAUAUGGGAAAUACAGUUUUGUAAAUAUCCUUCUUAGCACAAGUCAUUCUUUCUCCAAUCCUGUGAGAAUAACCUUUUUUUCCUUUCCUUUUUUUUUGUACAGGUAGUACAAUACCUGAAUUCAAAUGGAUUUAGAGAUUAAAGGAGUUGCUGCAUCUCCAAGAAAGCAAGCAGCCCUGUCCUCAAGGAACUACAAACUUGCUCAAGUAAGUUGAGCAUAUUAAAGAUUAAUAUUUUUUUUUAAAAAAAUCAUUAACCAUUCUCUGGAAAGUCCUUGGUACAUACGGUAGGUGAAGUUCAAUAUUGGAUCCUCUUUCAUAUUUGUCACUCAUUGCUAACGUUAUAAUUUUAGUAUAACAUACUGUCAGACACCUCGUCUGUCCUAUCCUGUUGUGGUAUGAAAAAUACCAUGUCACUAAACUGACAUGUCACUAAAUACUGGAAGAGCUGCUUAGUGUGUAACACUAAGUCAAAUCAUUGUUUAGCCUUCGUGCAAACACGAAGGUUCCUGGAGAGGAGAUUUCAGUUGCUGCACUGCAACCCUGGUCUUCCUGCUGCUGCAAGGUUUAAUGUGUUAUCCAAUCCUGGGGCUAUGGUUUGUCUCCUCCAGACAAAUCACAUGCUGUAAACCCAAGAACAAACCUUGGUUUCUCCCCUACUGUGCCCAUGAUUUAAAUGUAUUUUGACCCUGAUUGAUACUCAUUUAAAAGAUUUCAAAUCUUAGGGUUUAGAAAUAUGGAAAAAAACCCUGGAAUUAAACAUGGUUCUAUUUUUUUCUUCGCUUAGGGAUGGAGGCCACAUACAAAAACAAAACAUGGCCCUCGACCAGCUGAGUAAGUCAAUGUUUUCAUUUUUUUUUUACUGCCUAUGUUUUGUUUACUGUCUCCCUCCCUGCUACCCUUUCACAGCACUGUCACGUUUUUCAUUUCAUAUGAAUCCAAAGCAGUCCUUCCUUCUGUUAAUGGAAGGUCAGCUGGUCCAGUGGAUGCUGUUCCUCUUGGAAGGAUAAUGGCUAUUUUCUCAGAUUCCUCCUGUCUCUUCCUUCCCCACCUCCCACAUUGUUCUUGAGGGCAUUCCAGUCCUCCAGAGCAGAUUUGCAGGGGAAGGGGGAAUCCCCCGAAAAUCCUACCUUGUGAGUAGAACUUCAGCCUUAGGAUCUCUAGCUCUAACUCUCUGAAAAUAAGAAUUGCUUAGUACCAGGCUUUUCCUACAUAAUUCUACAAAGAGAAAUAGUAAUUCUCAUCAAAUUUUAUUUAUUGUGUGUGUGUGUGUGUGCAUGUGUGUAUGUAUCUAUAGGGUCCAUGUUCUUGUUUUUUAUAAGUUACUUUGUUACUUUGCUUUCGUGUAUUUCUCAAUGAACAAGUUCAUACGUUGAAGAAAACUAUGUAGAGAGAAAUGUAUCAUUCUUUUUACUACAAUUAUUCCAGAGUUUCAUGUGCUUUUUAAACAAGUUUUGUACUUGAAAAUUAAUUUUUACAUAGGGAUUAGAGUUAUCUAAGUACAGAGGGCUGUUGGGUUCAGGAAUGAAAGAUGUAGACAAAAGAGAAAAACUAGCCUACUGAUGUGAAAGGAAUGUUUGGGGACAUCAAGACUUUGUGAGCUAGAGACGAUUUAGGAAGGCUAUGAAGGCAGAAAGAUAGGGAUUGCUGCUGAGCAUGCAUCUAUGUACACUGGGUGAAGUAAGUAGAAGUGUUUUAUAGAUAACGUUUAGUGGCAGUGGAGCCUUGCUGAGCACUGUUUUCUUCUUGCAAAUCUUUACACAUUUCAACAUUUCAAUUAUUUCACUGAGAACUAGAGUGGUCUCAGAUGCUAAAUAUUAAUAGCAGACCGAAUGCCUCUUUCUAAAUCGUAAAUAUUCACAAAUGCAUUACCCACUUUCACUACGAUUAAUAUCUCACUUGAUUACUGGAUGGUUAUAAGAGAAAUAAUUAGAAUAAAUUUAUUAAGAAAGGUAAUAGAAAUGCAAUGUUGAAUUGCUACUUAUCUGAGUGGAGAGUGAAAAAGAAUUAAACUUCACUGGCUCAAGCUUUAUGAGAUGGUAACAACAAAUUGCCUUCCAGAACUUCCUCACAGAACUUCAAGGGUCCUUUGCAAAUGGGGAUGGAAAUAGUCCGAAGUGCAUUUAUUUUCUUUAUUUUCUUAUUUUACCUGAUUCCAUAAGGAAAAGGAGGGUUGGAACUUUUUAAUUAGACCCCUUUAGAAAUCAAUGAAACUUCUUGAAAAGAAAACAUUGUGGCAUCUGAAAACCAAAGGAAGUUUUGAAAGCUUGCUACAUUUUCUAAUUUCUGAUUUUCUACAGAGUUCCAUGCCUUGAUUUGGGAAAGCUGGGAGAUUCAGAGGAUGAGGUAACAAUUAUCUAUUAAUUUCAGAAAAUUAACCAACUUUUAGAUGUGGCAGUUGCUGGAAGUAAAAAACAAUAUAAUAUCUAGAUCUCAUAGUGCUAGCUUGAAUAUGCUGCCCUAGUUGUCACUUACCAGUCAUCUUAACUAAUUUUCUGAAUUCAUUAGAACAUUCUUUUAAUAAGUUGGGCAGAAUAUGCAGCUGUGUGUGAUAUUUCAGAAUAGAAAACUGUUUUGCAGCUCCUAAUUGACAUUAUUUGGAUUAGGUUUAUGUAAAAAACAACACUUCUCUCUGAAAUUCGUAUUGUUACUUGUGUGUGAUAAAACUCUUGCCACAACACACAUGAUACUUGUGGCUGACUAAUGUGGUCAGAUAGCUCAUCCUUGUGUAGUUCCAGUGUCCAUAAAUUUUAUGAAUUUGCUUCCUGAAUUCUUGGGCAAUUGAUAUUCUGCAACAGUUUAACAAAGCAUAACACUUUGCCAUUUAAAAAGUCCUUUUAUUUUAGGAUGGUGAUCCCUACACUCCAUACAGUGGUGGACAGCCUCAUACUGGUCUACUACUUUCAUCUUCAAAUAUCAGCUGGGGUACUCCAUUACAGAGCCCUUAUGCACAACAUUAUGAUAUUCAACAGGUUAGUUUGUUAACAGGAAUAUCUUCAACCUAUAUCAUCUUCAGGGUUAUAGGAGAUGAGGCACAAGGAGUGGGGUGUACUAUCUUGGAAGGAAGAACAUAAAGUAUAAGCAAAGCCUGCUCUUCUCAUCCAGCAAGGCUAGGGUGGCUAUGUGGACCUACUCACCUGCUGCUUCUGCUUCAUGCCAGUCCAUACUAAAACAUCACUCAUCCAUGGCAUGAUCAUUCAUAAGCGGUGCAUGACCAAGUGGUGGACUGAAUGAGGGCCAAUGUACCGCAACUGAAUUCAGAGAUGCAUUGGAUAGGUGAGUGCUGCAGCAGGGAGUGCCAGAGCAGACAGAGGGAGGCAUUGAAUCCCCAUGAUCCAAAUUUUUCUCUUGUUAAACCCCCAAACCAGAAAUAAAACUAUGCCAGUCCUGAAGCUGCUUUAGUGAAUUGCCCUUCCAUGGGAACCAAUGGGAGGGAAACUGGAGGGGUGGAAAAGCACCAGAAUUACCAGGAAAAGAGCUGCUUCUACCCAGCUUCUGUCCCAACUGGUGCAAGCUCAGGAUGGAUUGGAUGCGGCAGUUUGUUUAUCAUGGACACUCCUCUCUUCCCGCCCCCAGUAGGAUUACUCUGGUCAUUAAGUACAGUACAACCUUGCUGGUGUCUAACAUUUUGAUGAAAUAAUGUUUAUUUUUAGGGUAUUGAUAGCAUAUAUUUCAAUGCCCUAAUUUUGGAAAAAUGAUAUUUGUACUUUAGCAAAUGCCAAUAUUUGUCAAAAGAAAUUAAAUAUUUUAUAGCACGUAAAAUGUGCUGGAAAAGUGUAAAAGGGUAACUGUUUGACUUCUACUUUUAAAUACAUAUUACAUUUUUAUGUUGUGAUCUUAUUCACUGUUUAACAUGCAUCACCACCCUAAAUACACUGGUCAUGAUUGUAUUCAGUAUGGCUCUACCAUACCCAUUUAUAGAGGAAAAGAGUCUUAUUCAUUCAUGUAGCUGCAACAGCCAUUUGCAUGACAUUACUAAUUAUGGUAGUCAGUUGUUUCAGUGGAACAUUCAACUGAAUGGCCAUGAUUAAAGGGUCUGUAGUAGACCCUUUCAUGCAUGUCCUGUCUGAUAACACCAAAGUGUAUAGAAUAUGCAUGUGUGGCUCUGGGUUAUGUAUAAGCACUGUUGGUGUAGAUGGGAGUAAGACUUACAGAGUUCAUUAGACUUACAGAGUUCAUUAGAGGCAACUUCUGAUUAAGCAUUGGGUUGCACUUAAAUAUUUAUAACUCAUUUAAUUUCCCCCUAAAGUCAUAUCUGAAAUUAAUUUCUCUUUGAAUUAUAUUGAUUAACUAUAAAUCUUUAAAAAAAAUAUUUGACGUAUGUUUCUGCUCUUUCUCUUACCCAGACAGCAAGAAAAACAGAGCUGGAGAAAGCUGAGGUAAUAUAGUUAAAGAAACAUAUUAAACAAAACUUUGUGUGUGUGUGUUUCAAAAUAAUAAUGAAAUCAUUAAUAUUUCUGCUUCGGUUCAAUAAUAGAAAAAUAAAGCAUCCAGAUGCUGAAAACCCCCCAACUAUUUUAGAAAAAGUUUGCCAGUUUAUAUUUUCAUAUUUCCCAUUUAUGAUUUGCAUGUGAAAUGUGGAUUGCUAUAUUCAAGAUAAUAAUGGAAGUUUGUAGAAAUCUUUGUCCAUUUCACCCAUUGUGUAGUUAAUUGGUACAAUAAUAAACUGCCCUAUUGACAAAUAACUCGACUUUCAUUUUACAAUUGUACCAUGAUAGUUUUUGGCAACUUUUAAAAAACGAAGUGUUCGCUAUUAAACUUUCACAAUUGCAGUUGCUGUUUUGACUGCUCCCAAUGAUUCAUUUUCAGCUUUCUUUGUGGGAGCAAAAGACAGUACCAGAAAAUCUGCCACCCCCAACAGAUAAAUACAAACUCAAGUAUCAGCAGUAUGAAGCAGAAAUGAAAGAGGGAUAUAAACAGUAUUCUCAGAGAGUUGCAGAAAAAAAAGCAAAGGAUAACCAACAACACAAACCUCCAGAAAGAAUGGCUGAGGAAAAGGUAACAUUCAUACUUCAUUUGACACUGGGAACUCUACUAACCUUUAUGUGAAAGUACUGUGCUCAGACAAGUGGUGGUAUAUAGAAUUUAUGCAUGUAGGAUUCAUAUAACAUACUAUUUUUAUAAGUUGCAUACUGCCUUGAUUCAGAGAACAGAAUUAGCAUUGCAGAAAUAAGUUCUCAUAGGUGGAUCACCAGGUGCUCAAAAUCUACAUCAUUUCAAUUUAUCAGCAUAUAUAUAGGUGAACAGUGCAAGUUUAAACCAGCUCAUAAUUCUGGAAAGUUAAAAAAAAAGAGUUAUGUGCAGGACACUAGCAUAGGUUAGAACCUACAAAUGUUUCUUGCACAUUCUGGAUGGUGAGGAACACAAAUCAAAUGCAACAAGAGUGCUGGUCUUGGCCACUGAUUAUCAGUGAUAAUAUCUAGAUAACGUGUUUUAUUCCCACAUAGGAUUUACAGCCUGAAAACAAAACAUAUGAUGAAUUGACAGUUUUUGAUGAAAAGGCCCUUCUGCAGCAAUGCUAUACAAGCAAACCCUACACAAUACAGCACAGCAUAAGAAAAUUGGAAGCUGUAAGUCUUCUGGGAAAUGUUAACUUGUUAUAAAAUUCUCUAUAUACUAGUUUCUGUUCCAAGUAUUUUUAAAUGAGGCUUUCCUACUUACCCAAAACCUUGGGUUUAGCUUUAUCUCAGUGACAUAGGAUCCAAGAUUCAUAUGAUUGACUGUGUUUCAUUUCUGAGCAGCGUAUAAAACGUAUUAAAAUUAAUUCAUAUCACUGUAGUCACAUAGCUUCAACUAGUCUAUUAUGCUGUGAUGCUCUGAAUGGAAGCAGAAGUAAUGGAAACAGUUUUUCUUUCUGUUAGAAUGAAAUUUGCACAUAUGACAGACACUCAAAUUAUCUUUUCUUAUCUGGUUGAAUAAAAAUGUGUCUCUAAUAACCAUAACUGAGUUUAUGAAUAAUCUGUGUAAGCUUUUUAGUGGGUGACAUUUUAUGUGUGUCCUAGUUUUACAACCCAAAUCCACUUUUAAUUUUUAAGAGAUCCAAAUGAUCCUAACAUUUUAACAAUAUUUUCUUAACUGUUGUAAUUAUAUAUUUUUCUCUUUAAUGUUUGCUUGCAGGAGGAUGUAGCAGCUGAAAGAAAAAAACAAACUGUAGUGGAACAAGUAAUGAUAGAUCAGUUAUCUAGGUAAGAUAAUAAAUACAAAUGUUGAUAUAUAAAUGUUGAUGUAUAUAAAAGAUAAUAAAUACAAUGUAGAUAUAUGUAUUUUUUCCAGAAAAAAUGUGCCUAAGGUUCCAAUGCUAACCAUGUCUACUGUGAAUUAAGUCGUAUUGAAUUCAAUGAGGUUAUUCCCAAGUAAAUGGGAUCAGGAUUGCAGCCGAAAUUUCUAAACUCAAUUGGAUUAUGACACUGUUUAUUAUUGAUUCUAUAACCCAACUUUCCUAUAUCCACAUAGUAAUUUGCAUCAUAAAACAUGAAAACAAAAAAUAUAUUGAUAAUGAUAAACUUAAUCUACUCUUAUUAAGCAUGCAUACUUAGAAGGUCUCCUUAUGUUCAGUGGCAUACUGCUGAGUAAAUAUAAGAUUAUGCCGUAAGAUUAUUAUGUUAGGCAUACUGAUUUGUGCAUAAGAUCUAUCGAAAUUGAUUUUGUAAAUAUGCAAUGGUCAUUAUUUAGUACCUCUGAACAGGAUGUAGAACAAAUGUAAAAGAAUCUGGCAAGCAAGGUCUAAUGUGGAACAAGAUAGGACUGCCACCUUACUUUUCCUCUUUGUGGCUGACAGAAUACUCCUUUCUUGUUCACAUCCAUCAUCUCAGGUCUGCACAUGGAGCUACAGUAUUCCUAUUCCUGGUGUUAGGGAAGGAGGACAGGCAACUCCCCAUUUACACAUAUUCCAGGCAUGUGCAACCACACACACAUGCAUUUCUACAAACCCGUAAGUGGCACAAAACAGUGCAAAACCAGCCCUAAAAGAGUAUGAAAACGGCAAAAAUGGUGUGAAAAUAGUGUCUAGCAAUCCCAUGAAGCUUUGCAAGUGAAAUCCCAGAAUCCUUUGCAAUCACCUUUGAGGCCUGUGAAGAGUUGGAGUUUGAGCAAGGAUGUUUGGAGGGAACAAUUGUGGUGGAGUUUGGUGGAUUUUUGGUUUUUUAAAAAGUGUUUUUCAAGGGUUGCCAGAAGUUUAGGGGUUUUUGCAAUGGUGUUCCCAAUAUACGUGAUUUCACUUAAACACAAGGUGCCUCGGAACGUAGUCCCUGUGUAAAUGGGGAGUUGCAUGUAUUUAAAAGAACCCAGAAGAGAAUCAUGUUGUGAGGCACUGUGAGCUGAGUGGCAAGAAGGAUGGGAGAAAGAGUUUAGGGAGGAGGUAGACUACACCAGGUGUGCCUGUCCUUUUUCUCUCCCACUUCCCCCUCCGCUCAUCAGUCCCUGUGCUUGUUUCCAGUGCAUCCUGCCUCUGCGACAGAAUUGUGACCAAAUCUUUUGUUGUGAAUAGGGUUAAAUGGUUAAAGCAUUGCUAACUUAGUUAUACUGUGUAAUUUAGAUAAAACAUUCAUUAUUUUAAAAUUGUAUGCAUAAAUUUGAAUGCAUAGAUUCUUCAGCUGUCUCUUGAUGUCUUCUAUGUAGUAGCUAGUUCCAGUGUAAGAAUUUGACUUUAUAUUUUAAUUCUAUAAAACUAGUUCCAUGAAAUCAUGUGGGGUUUUUGGGGUUUUGUUUGUUUGUUUGUUAGAGCUGUGAUAAGUGAUCCAGAACAAAAUGGGAAUGCUGAUACUUAUGAGAAGGAUCUUAUGCUUCCAGGAUUAAGGACAGCACCUCUGCGCUUUAGAAAAAGAACAUUACAUGAAACAAGGUAAGUAUAUGCUGUUGUGUUUGCUUGUCUUACUGAAUAUAGCCUUAAAAUUAUUUCAAGAUGAAGCUUUGGUUGAUCUAAGACAGUGUAUCUGCGUUUCUUUGUUUCAUCUAAAAGAGAGCCAAUCACUCAGACCUGUUUUGUCUUUGAAAUAAAUGUUUUGUUUUUUCUUCAUAUUCACAAUUUAGUCAUGGUUUAAGACAAACUGUGGCUUAUUGUGAUGUUUUAACUGGAUCAUUAAAUCUGAAAGAGCCCAGGUAUAAGAAACAUGAGUUAUUUUUUGUAACAAAGUAACAGCUAGCUUUUUUUCACAAAUGGAAUUAAGCAGAUGAAAGAUCAACAAAUGCAAUAUACACCCUUGGAUGAUCAUUUCUAAUUACACUUAUAAAUAAGAUUAUUCAAAACAGAUCACUGAUCAGUUAGAAUCAUAGAAUCAUAGAGUUGGAAGAGACCACAAGGGCCAUCGAGUCCAACUCCCUGCCAAGCAGGAAACACCAUCAGAGCACUCCUGACAUAUGGUUGCCAAGCCUCUGCUUGAAGACGUCCAAAGAAGGAGACUCCACCACACUCCUUGGCAGCAAAUUCCACUGUCAAACAGCUCUUACUGUCAGGAAGUUCUUCCUAAUGUUUAGGUGGAAUCUUCUUUCUUGUGGUUUGGAUCCAUUGCUCCGUGUCCGCUUCUCUGGAGCAGCAGAAAACAACCUUUCUCCCUCCUCUAUGUGACAUCCUUUUAUAUAUUUGAACAUGGCUAUCAUAUCACCCCUUAACCUCCUCUUCUCCAGGCUAAACAUGCCCAGCUCCCUUAGCCGUUCCUCAUAAGGCAUCGUUUCCAGGCCUUUGACCAUUUUGGUUGCCCUCCUCUGGACACGUUCCAGUUUGUCAGUGUCCUUCUUGAACUGUGGUGCCCAGAACUGGACACAGUACUCCAGGUGAGGUCUGACCAGAGCAGAAUACAGUGGCACUAUUAUUUCCCUUGAUCUAGAUGCUAUACUCCUAUUGAUGCAGCCCAGAAUUGCAUUGGCUUUUUUAGCUGCCGCGUCACACUGUUGGCUCAUGUCAAGUUUGUGGUCAACCAAGACUCCUAGAUCCUUUUCACAUGUACUGCUCUCAAGUUGUACUAUGCUCCUUACAAAAACUCUGCUUUGGAGACAGGACCCUAAAAGAUUUCAUCAGUAUAUUUUGACAGGAACAUAUUAUAUGCCCAUAUAUUUUUAUGGGACCAAUCCAACAAUCUUCACUAUAGAUUGAGACUAAGGGUGAUAUUCAACUAAAUUUUUCUAAGACUAGACCCAUUAAAAUGAAUGAACAUAAACAUACCGUUCAUUAUUAGGUGUCCAACCAGACAGCAGUAUUCUGGUUGAUUUCAUUCUAGUAAACAAAGCUAUUGAACUGGAGCACAGCCUGUUGGACCUCAUGUGGCAACUGUUCUUCCCUGGGCCUUUCCUGGGAUUAUUGCAAUGUGGGGUUGCCAUUGAAGAUGACUUGGAAACUUCAAUUGGUCCAGUUUGCAGUAGUAAGAUUACUAACUGUGGUUCCCUUUGGAUCACAUAUAACUCCAGUUUUAAAAUAUCUGCAUUAGUUGCUAAUUUACCUGCAGGUCCAAUUCAAGGUGUUCACUUUAGUGUUUAAAGACAUAAAUCACUUAGCCCCCAAAUAUCUGAAAGACCGCCUCUUUCCCUACAGACCCUCUAGGAUGCUAAGAUCAGCAGAGGGGGCCCUCUUGGUUGUUCAGAAGCUAAGGAGUGGCAGCCCAGGAGAGGGCAUGCUCUAUGGCAGUCCCUAAAUUGUGUGGAACUCCUGCUCCACAGAGGCGCAUCUGGCAACCUUAUUAUACAGUCCUUGAUGAAUGCUGAAGAUGUGCCUCUUUGACCUGCCCGUUGGCAAAUGAGAUAUAUAUUUUUAGGACCCACCUUAUUUUUAAUUGUAUUUUUUAUUUUAAGUUUUUAAAAACUGCUUUAAAUUGUGUUUCAGUAUGAAAACCAUACUGGGGCCUUAGAGUGAAGGGUGCAUAAUAACAUUUCACUACAGUUUCAUAACCCUCAGCCAGUUUGGUAACAUCCCCAGAGUUGUCCUAUCUAGUGCUUAGUGUGUCUUACCAUAUGUCAAUAAUCUAGAUAAAAUGGAAAUUGUAGCCCCUUUCAUGUGUAAAUCUCAUGGAGGCAUCAUGGAAAGACCAGUGUCUUACAUGCAGUGGGCAGAGGUGGAGCUAGCUGCUCCAACACCUGAAGCGGUGUACAUGCUGUGCACCCGGGGGUUGGGCUAGCCGCAUAGGGAAGGGGCUAGCCAUGCGCAGGGGCGGGGUGAGUGUCCCGGGGGGUGGCGGCGUGGCGAUGUCACCCCCCUCAGGGAUGACACCUGGGACAGACCGUACCCACCGCACCCCCCUUCCUCUGCCAGUGACUGUGGGCCCUAUCUGCACUUAAGAAGUCUGUAUGUGUGCUCACACAUAGGGAUUACUAACCAUGUGGAAGCCUAAUGCAUGGAAGCCUGUGCACAAGCAGCAGCUAUUCAUCCCUAGGCCUUUUUAGUGGAGACAUCCAUGCCAACUCUUGAACACCUGGGGUGACCCAGCUGUGUGCCUGAUGCCAGGGCCAGCGGUGCAGCUCCACUCUCUACUCAUUGGGCCUACCCUGUGUAUGACUUGGUUGAACAUCAAUCAAUGUUACAAUUGAUUUUUUUAUUUAUUACAUAUUUUCUAUUUACGUAAUUGUAAGCUGCCUCAAGUGUUUUGCAGAACAAUGGGAUAUAAAUAUUUUGAUAAAUAAAUAGUGUUACCUACAUCAUUGUAACGCUGAACUGAAGUGGGCAGUUUAGAUCAUUAAGGAAUUUCUUCACAGUGUCGAUCUCCACUAGAGAGCUGUGAAAAAGGAAUGUGGCUGAUAGCAUAAAUAGUGAGAACAUAUUUCCUGUUGUAUUUGUUGUUGGUUUGUUAGCAAUUGGAAUUCACAUGUUGACUUUGCCCACUGCUUUCAUGAUUUGUUCUCCUCGCAAUUCAUGAGCGUUUUUAGGUUCAAAAGUAGCUUGCAUGAGGAAUGUCUAAUUUUGCUUGUGUAGAUCUUAACUAAUACUGUGAAUUAUUUUUACAGAAUAAGGACAAGGUCAGCAUUAACUGAAAAUGUGCUUUCCAACAAAUUACGCUUUGAUGGUAGAAUACUGUCAAGGUAUGUCUAAAACUUUUUAAGUAUUUUGUAACGCAAGUAUGUUUUAACUGAGGAUGCUCCUUUCAUGUCUAUAUCUUACUCCAAUAGUUUCUAAUAAGAUAAUGAAAUAAUAUUGCAUGUUUUUCCCUGAGGAAGUCUUGGAAGAAAGGCAACCCAGGGUGGCAGACUAGGUGAGGAAUCCUUCUGUAUAAGAGCUGGGAGGGUUGGAAGGAAGGGCAGCCCUUGGUGUCACUGGAAGAUUAUCUGAUCACUGAGAUACAGUGGGUAAGAUUGGAGUCACCAUAAGCCACUGUGGAAAUGGUGAUAGUUUAGCUCCUUUGCGCGCUCUUUCUGUGUAAAAUCAAACUGCUGCUGCUAUUGAAGGAAAGAGAAGAGGGUCAGGUAUGAUACUGUCUUUUGUGGUUUUUAUUAGUUUUUAUUUUACUGCUUUGUUAUUGUCUGAGGAUCCAGCUAGCUAGCUAGACCAUUACUGAUUGGUUAAAAAUUAUUGUCUGACAUAUUAAGUAUUGUGCUUUGUAAGGUUUCAAUUGUUUACUUGAGACAAUAUGCAUCUGGGCAGUGGUAGAUAGAGGAGAGGAGGCACGGAAUACUAUUUUUUUGCAAGGAGGCUAUAUAUAUAUCACACUGCCCUGGUAUUGGCGUAAUGGGGUAAUUAUCUUUAGAUGCUCUUUUAUUGAGGUUAUUCACUGUUGAAUUGUUGCUGAUGACUUAUGUGUUACUUUGUAUGAUUGUUUAUCUGUUGGUUGUUAACCACCCUGAGCUGCAGUUCAAAGGAAGGACAGGAUAAUAAACUAAAAAAGCUACGUGUGAAAUAUUGCACAACCUGUGUGCUGUGGCCUUAGUCUAACAUUGCAUGAACAAAACAGGGGGCUGCUGUAUGCACAUUUUAAUGGAUUGAAAAGCUCCAUUCAUAAAUAAGAGUUUUGUGAAUGUAGCCCGAAAUUGUUGACAAAACUCUUUCAUUUGCUUAGAGGAGGUAAGAGGUAGGGAUUUGCCUGCAAGCAUAGGAAGUAAUUCAUUUGUUCAUUUACUUUGUAUCUAGAAAAUUAUUCUUAUGGUAGAUGUUGAUGUACCUAACGUGCCAAGUUCUUGUCUGUUCGGUUGAUAGGGUUUCCACUAUUUUUUUUAAAAACUUACGAUAGCUUCUGUUACCAUUAUAGAAAUGGUCGCGAUGCUUGUCGAGAACUGAUUGGAUUUUUCUUUGCAUAUGACAAAUCUCUAACUGUAUACGAAUAUCGGCAAUUUGGUAAAAAUAGGUACGUAGAACAAGGAAUAACUUCAGAAUUUUAUCAAAUCAUUACUGCUCAGGAAAUGAACUUAAAGGUUUGGUUUUGCUUUUUAAUUUUGCACAGAACAAAUGCUCUACCUUUCAUUCAGAAGGGAGUUUAUACUCAUCAGCGUGGACAGAGAAAAGGAAAGCAAUACUGUCUAAGUGAUGUCUAUGUUGUAAGUAUGGUGAACCUCUGUGACAAUGCUUACCUAAGGGCUUGUGGAUCUGCAUUUGUUAGGUGUGGUGAUUUGAUCUUUCUAUAAUAUUUUACUCUAGUUCCUCAGUACUAAACUAGACAAAUUAAGUUAUCUUGAUUUCUGUGGCCAAGGAAAAAUGAGCCAGGAACAACAUCUCAAAAUUGGGGCGGCAUCAGGGGUGUGUGUGUUAUUUAGUGGGCACAAUGGGAGCUGCCAAAUUUGCAGGGAGGUGUUUUGACAGGUUGGAGAAAGACUGAAUGUGUACCACAGGAAGUUUUGCAAGAUUGGGCUCAGAGGUUGGAAGAUAGCGGCACAAGUUGGCAAGCAGGGACGAAGACUGCUCAGCAGUCCUAUGAAUUGAAUUUUAUCCAAAGUUGGUUGGAUAAAAUAUUGGUUCCACAAGCAAAGUAAAUUUCUCUAAGUUGAAACAAAGCUGUGUCACUACAAAGUUGGUUUGAAGAAUGUUAAUCUGGGAGUAUUAUGGAAAGGAGACGUACAUUUGCAAACUGAAUAAUCUGAAGUCUGUUGUUGAAUUCAUGGGUGGAGGUGGGGGCUUCCAUAACACCUCAGUGCAAAAGCGUAAGUAAGCGGUAAAAAUCUACUUAAUCAGGAGAAGCACCUGAAGAUUGACUAAAGAAAACUGGAGGGUAUGUAAUGUGGCAGAUGAUAUAUGUAUAUUUGUGUAGUUUUGUGAUGAGAUGUUAGUUUAAUGUUCCUAUUUUGGUUUUAAUAUAUUUCAUAAGGCCAGUUGCCUAGGAAAAACAGGGAUGAGUACUAAUGUGAGAAAUGGGGGAUGCUGCAGCAGCCUGGGCCAGCUUGGCAACUGCUGCUAAAGGAAUCAGAAUAUUGGGAAAGUAGCUGUUUGAACUGUUAGACUAGGGAGAGGAAAAGAAGGUAUGGAGGGCUAGUGAGGAAGGAAAAAGUGUUGUGAGCAUCUGGUGGGGGGAGAAUGAUCAAGUGCUGAAAGCAGCUGUGGGGGUAGAGACAGAACGAAGCAGUGUUGGGGAACAGGACUGGUUAUCCACGGCAGUCUGGAGCAAAGUAUGAGUGUCCCUUCUCAGGAACACCACACUACCAUAAGGGACUCAACUGGGGGAAAGUGGUGCAGUGUCUGUUCAUCGUACAAGAAAGGUAAAGCUAUUCCUUCCCUCAUUAAUAAUAAGGAUAGUUUUAAAACAGGCAUUUGUGUAGGCACUUUCCAGAGUGCGGACUUGGGAGUGUGACCCUCCACCUGUCACAUGUCAGUGGAUUUGCAUUCUGUGCCUAAAUCUUGGUUUCAUGAAUUAUUCUGUUGAAUACAGUAUAUCAAUUGUAAAUAGUACUGUAUUAGUGGAAUAAGACUGCAUGUCUUACUUUUCCCACAAGAGGGCACUCAGUAGCAGUCAGGAAGGGGUUAUUAAUUGCUAACUUUUAUAAUCAAAUUACAACAGCUUUGUUUCUUAAUGGGCAUUUCCUUUUAUUGACUAACUGCAAAAUGCAAUGGCAUGCUUUUUGCAAAUUGAUCAUAAUUUAUUAGAAUCUAAAAGGAUUUAUUGCAAAAUUUUAAGACACCACAGCUGUCAUUUUUAGGUGUAUUGUUUUAGAUAUUGCUAUUCUUUUUAGCAUUCAAGGAAAACAACUAAUUGCUGAAUAAUAGGUGACAGAAGAAUUGUGUUCACUUUUUAUUAGAUGGUCCAGAACCUUGGGUGUGAACUAAAUGUGUAAAUUAAUUUGAAGAGGUGCCAAAUUAUACCGGGCAGUUAAAACAAAGAGAAUACUCCUAUUGUGAGGCUUUUGCAAUCAUUCUGUGAACAGAGGGAUAAAGCAAACUUGGGCUUUUGAGAAUCUGUGACCCAAAUUAUUUGGAGCAGUCUUUGAUUCUGCCACAAUUGAGUCUCUAGUAACAAGUUUCUAGCUGGAUAAAAGGGUAUUGCAAGCUCCUCUGUAUUUCUUCCGUGGUCAUUGGGCUAUCACAGCAGUCAGGAUAGUUUUGUUAGCUGCUCCUCUGUUCCUCAGUACAUGUAUUGAAAGAGACUUCUGUAGUAUUAUAUUUUGGAAAUAAACAAUUGAAGCUCUUAAGUUUACAUAGAUUCUUCGUAACUAGUCAUUGUUAAAGAUGUCACAUCAUGGGGGGCGCAUCACCUUGAACAGGUGAACACUCUUAAUUCAUAUUGCUAUGAAUCACUAAAUACUGCUUUUCUCUUCCCCCAUCCAAUUCCCAUAACUAGACAUGUCUUUAAUUGAGUGCACCACUUUGAAUGCAUUUGUUCAUGUCACUGUACUUGUAAUUGUUCUAGUGACUAGAACUUUUCCAGGCUAUGCAAGUAGAGAGGUUCUAUGACAAUGGGAGCAAUCAACAAAGGCAGGGAGCAGAUAAAAUCAUGUUACUAAAUGAGGGCAUUGUUAGGAAAUAGAGCUAACUUACUGCAGGCACUUGGGGCAUUGUGGAAAUAGACAAGGUAUUUGGGUGGAAUGGAGCUUGUGCGUGGCUGGUUGGCAGAAUGAGCAAGGAUAGCUGAGGAUUGAGAGUUCUAACUGAAUAGUAGCUAUUGUUGCUAGUAUUGCUAGAGAACAUUAGAUAAACUGCUUAGAAGAAAAAAGAAAAUACUGGUGUCUGUGCUUGCAUAAGACAAACAUAUGUGAAAUUGUUCAUUUUUAUGAAGAUAGUAGUGAUGAGUGAGUUAUAUUUUAUGGAAUAUUGUAAAUCACUUUUAUUGCUGACAGGGAGCAGACCUAACUUUUUUGAGUGUGCAACACCCUGCCCUUCCAGAAAGUAUGAAACAGAAACCAGUAUUUACAAUCCGUGUCACAAAUAUUGAUGAAACUGCUAGAGCUUUUCUAAAGUAAGUGAAUUUAGUCCAACGGGUCAGAUUUUAUUUCUUGUCUUGAAAAUAUGUUCACAAAUAAAGGUUUAUGUUGACUUGGGAGAUUUGGGGUUUUUGCUGGAUCUUGAUGGGCAUAAGUGUUAUAUCUGAUUAGACAGAUACUGUGAAGCUGAAAUUACUAAGAUGGGGAAGUGGGAGGGUCAUAAUCCUUCCCUUUAUGAAGCUCCAGAUAAAUGGAGGAAACAUACAGGCAGCAUUGUAAUAUUACAUUAAUACAUUAUUAUGUUUUCUUUCAGAAAAUGCAACUGUGAAAUUUUAUCUGAAGGGGGAAUCUAGUGUUGUGGGUGGUGAGGGGCUCCUUAAUACUUUCUCCUCAGGCCAUUUCCCUCCUUUAGCUGCUUGGACCCUGCAAGAGAAAAGAAACAGCACAAUUUUUUCUUCAAACUGCAGCUGUAGCAUAUCCAUUUUAUAAAACAAAACACUUUCUGCAAAAAAAAAAAAAGCAAUGCAUUAUAUCCUCAAAAGGUGGGAAUUAAUCAGCAGUUAUUCUGUUGAAGAUAAAGGGAACCCUGAAGUAGGGAGCAGAACAAGAACGGAGAAAAUAUUAGGGGCUGGAUCUACAUUGAUCUUUUAAACGUUAUUAUAACAAUUGUUAUAAAAUGUCACCUUACCUUUAACAUACUGUUUCCCUAUGGCUGGUGACUUGUUGCUCUGCAGUGCCCUCUGGUGUCACAUUUUAAUAAAACAUUAUUAAUGUUAUAAACCACGAGUGUAGAUCCACCCAGGGUUUCUGCUGCCACAAAUGCCACAUGCAUUCCUGUAAUCCUUGAUCUGUACUUCUAGGACUUCCCUGAUAGCAUAGCAGGCCUAAGGUUUAGAGAUCAUCAGUAAAAUCAUAGUGGGAUUUUUUGGAGGUGAGUGAGGGAAAGAACUCUUUAGCAAGACAAAUUAGAAGAGAGGUAGUAAUUAGAAGCAAGGAUUGUAAAGAUGCUAAAAUGACAAGAUGGGUGGUGGUUGGAUAAUCUUCUAAACUGGGUGGAAAUAUGCAACUUAUUUUGAAUUGGGUUGAACUCCCUCUGAAGGAUCAAGCUCUGGUUGACCAGGUUGUGUAGGUAACUUAAGAGCAUUUAUACUAGCUUUGGCUUGUUUGCCAACCUAAGAAAUGGUGCUUUAUGGCAUUUAAAUAAAUUGGUUUCAAAAAAUACUGAAUUUUGAUCAGUUACUAUAAAGCAUUUUAUAAAUUACAAAUAACUGCCUUUUCCUAGCAUACUUGUAGGUAGAUCUAUGAAAGUUAACUUCUGUUAUGUGUAGCGUGGUUCUAAUGAAUUAAUAUAUUAUAGGAAUUUUAAUGUGGAAAAUGAGGAACAUGCUAUCAAACAAGAAGGUGAAGACAAUAUUAUUUUACGGAAUGUUCAAGGUUUGUAUAUCCCAUACCAUGUGCCUUCGUGGAAGGAUGGUUUUUGCUUUUUAACUAUAUUAAAAUAUCUAGGCAUAAAAUCCCACCUUUAUUACUAUUACUAUUAUUACUAUUACUAUUAUUAUUAUUAUGUUUUCCAUUAAAAAAGGAGGUGGUGGUACUUUGUACCAGUGAGUGCUUUCACAGAAAAAGCCCUGAUGGUUAAUAUUUAUUUGCUGCUGGCUACAAAAAACUUGUCUCAUAGCAACUUACAAUUUCUUUCAAAAAGCAUAUAAUUCCAAAUUAAAAUAUAUCAAAAGGUUAUUGACUUAAAGUGCUCAUCCUGCAAUAACAUAAAAAGGAUACAUACUACCCCACCCAACUAAAGUGGAAACAGCAAUUAAGAGCAGAAUGCCAGCUAGAAUCGCUACUGCUUUUACAUAUAAACUGAAUGUACCUACUUAUCUUAUCCCUUUUAUUUAUGCUACCACCAGUGAUUUUUUUCCCUAGGAAAAUGCUGGUACUCAACGUGAAGUUGUUAUAGUACGUGCCACACUUUUUAACAACAACAAAAGAGGUGCCGGUACUAUGUACCCUUGAGUACCCCUGGAAAAAAUUAAAGCACUGCCUGCCACCAUUAAAUUAUUUAAAAAUUCCUAUUCAUAUGACACACAAUACUGGAUUUAGUCAUGGGAUGAAAAGGCCAGAGACUUAAUUUUAAAAGUCAAGCAACUACUUAUUGAAACUUGUUUAUAGUAUUAUAUAACUGGAUUAUUUGUAGGUCAGAUGCUAGAUUUAAAAGAUAUUAGCUUUAAAGAGGUAUCUCUUUUCUUGCCCUGGUUCUCUUCUGUAUUCUAAUCCAGUAGCCAAUUACCUUUAUCUUCUUUUUUCUCUAGCUAACUCAGGCUUUACAGAGGACUUUGCCUGAAGUUUUCUCUUUGGUCAAGGUUCUUUUCCUUAGUUAACUCAUGGGCUUUAUAAAGGAUUCAACCUGGUCAGGAAUCACUGUGUCUUGAGCACUGUGGAGAAAAGCUGUAUAUAUGCUUGUUUAUGUUCAUGUUUUGAAAUGAAAAUAGUUUGUAACUGAUUUGAGGCCUUGUACUGUUACGAUGUUGUAAGCCUGUGUAACAGUAGAUCUUGGUGACAGAUUCUGGCAGAGGAGAUAAGAGACCUAUUGCUUCCAAGGUUUUAUUAAGUGGGGCCAGGAUCAGGUAAAUCCAGUCUGAUUGAUCUAGGUGACAGCAGAAUGAUUGAGGUUCCAUUCAUAUGGGUGUUAACUAGGUUUUGACAGUUGAGGAGUGGGGCGAUAGUGAUUUCAUGAGGGCAGUGUGAGGUAUAAGACCAGACAAUAAAGAGGGGAAACUGAGGCCCAUAAUGUAAUACUCAAGUGUGUUGUUAUGCUUAUCCAAUAAAGAUCAGCAGUAGUAAGCCAGGUGCUGACUUGUUCUAAGACGCUGUCCUGUAUAUAGAUUUUGCCAGAGGAAGGUUGCACAGGUGAAUUUGUAAAGUUGGCCAAACUGUCCAAACAGCUAGAAAUACAACCGACUCUCAACUUGUGCUGGGGUUAUGUUCUGGGGUUGGUGCAUAAAGCCAAAUUCAUGUUUAGUCAAAACACCCUCUCUCUGCACUGCCAAACACUCUCCCAAGGUGAGUGCAAUGGUGGGUAUGAUUGCCAACGUUUUUCUCCACCCAGAUGUCCAUACCCUUUAAUUUUUUUUCAGCCAAGCACAUAAAGAUGAAUUUGCACAAGUUAAUUGUGCGUAAAUUGCUAGUUGAUUGUACAACUAGAGGAGCUUUUGGUUGUAGAUGCAGAUUGUCCCCAAUACCUGGACUGGGUUUUGUGCGUAUUUGAUUGGGGUGGAAUCUUAAGGAAUUUUGUCUCCAGUGAAAGGCGCUUGGAGGUUGUUGUCAACAACGGCAUCUCUUGAGUCUUCAGAAACUGUUAACAAAUGCCUUUAAGACCCCAGUGUAUCCCUUUCUGUAAAUAGCAUCCCUUGAAUAAACCAACAAUCUUAGUUUAAAGUUCAUCUAGUGGUGCUGUCCCUUCUCAUGCCUAAGCCUACAGUACAUGCUCUUAGAAGAUUUGUAAAGCAUUCUGACUGAAUGGGUGGCAUUCAGUUUUUAAAAGGGUUGAUAGCUAAACCUCUGUGUUUAUAUACAAGUGAAGCUGUGGAAACCCAGUGUAUCCAACACAGACAAUUGUCCACAGCUGACAGAUCUGGGUUCUGUUAUUUUAGAGCUGCUGUUUUACUCUUUCUUUCUCUGCAGACUUUCUAAGAAUUUCAGCCAUGGUGUCCUGGCUGCUUCUCCCUGCACAACUACAUGCUGCCACUAGGACCUCUCACGCCUCCAGCUGCUUCCUCUUGACAGCAGGGGCUUCUUCAGCUCCCAUUCUUGUCAUACUCUCUUUUUUGUCUUCUCUCAGACUCUGAUUCCAGACUCUCCCACAGUAGCGCUGUGUCUGCCCUUUUAUUCUUUCCUGUCAGACUCCUUUAACCAAUCAAAAGGGUGUCUCUGACAUGCCAUUGGCCUUUAAUUAAGGACCAGUGAGUUCAAAUGGAACGUCCAUUAAAUGGUCUGUUACAGCUUGGCCUUUUUGAUUCUCUUGACCCAUGUAAAUGUAACAGUCUCUGGUGCCAGCAGACAUAAUGGAAAAUUUCACAAGACACAGUCACCUCUUUAGUAACUAUACAAACAUAGCUGUCUAUUGGUUUUGUAUACAUUAUAUCUUCCAGGCCUCUGUUAGAGGUAAAUCGACCAUCACAUUCAGCAAACUAUUUACAAUUCAAACAGUUUUUAUAACGUAACGACAUUAACUUGUGUAACUUUCAUUUCAUAAUGUUCUCCAUGUUCUUGGAUUUUAAAAAAAAAUGUUUCUGAUGAUAUUUAUUCUAUUUUAUUCCAUUUGUGUCAGUAAAUAACUAUAAUUCUUAGUUACAACCUGAAGUCCUUUUAUUCUGCGACAUGUAAUAAUGUUAAUAGUUUAUUAACAUUAUUACAUGUCCAGAAUAAAUGGACUUUAGGUUGUUACUAAGAAAUAUAGUUAUUUACUGAUGCAAAACAAAAGCUCUAUGUAUCCAUUUAUUUGUUUACUUUAUUUAUUUAAGGUUAUCUCUUAGCACAGAGGAAGAAAAUAUUUUUGCGUGCACAAGGUCUGAGGUUAAAUACGCAGCAACGCCAGUGAAAAAUAUCUCAUGUAGCAGGACUUUCAAAGUCCUCUGCCUAAGACCUUGGAGAAUAAUUAUAAGUCAGAAUAGACAAUAUUAAAAUGUUCCCUGCUUUUACCUUUUCCCCCCAGACAGGCUAAGAGAAAAAUUAAGUAAAAGAGGAGUUCGUACAAUUACAAGAUUAGGAAAGUAUUUUCGGGAGCUGGAAAAGAAACAACAUGGAAUUCUUACACAAGCAGACUUCAAACAAGCACUGAAAGUGUUUCAUUUAGACAUUUCUGAAAAGGUAUGCUGUCAUGAACCCACUCUUCUGAGGGAAUCUGCUGAUCCCCAUCUGCAAACAACCUAGUAUGUUCCAUCUAAAAAACUACUCUGGGUAUAUCUCAGAGUAAAUUGCUGCCACCAACCCUCUAUGGAUUGUUUCUUUCCCAGGGUAGAAAGCAGCUUCCCUGUACCAGUCUAGAACAGUUAAAUGUAUUUUUAUUUAGAGAACACGGAGUUGGCAUCAGCAGAACAGGUAACUUAGAAAGGAAAAGGAAAAUAUAAAAACUUGCCUUCUCUAGCUCUGUAUAAAAUAAGUUGCUUGGAAUCAACAUUUAACAUAUUUGUAUGGAACAUGGACAGCGAUUUUUAUGCUGACAUACACAUCCUCCUUUUCAAAAUUUUACUUCUGGGAGGCAGAGUUCUUUUGGAAUUCUUGUUUCAAGCAAGUAUGAGAAGUCAGGCUGGUUGUCAGUAGUAAUCUAUUCCAAACCUCAUAGUUUAUCUAGCUCAAUACAAGUCAGAGACAAUCUCCCUCCCACCCACUUCCCUCAUUGCUACUGUAGAGGCUUCUAAGGUGACAGAAAGACUGGUUGGUCUCUUCUCUCUCCCACCCCAACAGCGCUGUUGCCUGGACAUCAUUAAUAUGCUUGACAUCAUGUUAAGGUCAAAAUAUAUCUUCCAUUAUAACCUAGGACAAAUAGUCUGCACCUUACAUCUGGUUUACUUGGAAAAUACAAUUUGCUUCUACUGUGCCAUGUUAAUAUUAAAACACUUAAUCUUGGAAGUCUGCAUCUAUAUUGAAAUUGUUUUAAAUAUGUUUUUUAUUGUUUUGUCACCUGUUUGCUGCCCUGUACUUCUUUGGGAUGAGGAGUAGGAUAGAAGUUUAAUAAAUAAAAACUUGGCCUCUGCCAUUGUUGCGUUAUGUGGUAGUGUUAGGCUAUGUGCUGAAUUGCAACUUAUUUGACACAAAACUCUUUAAUUUUAGGAGUUUGAAUCUUUGUGGUUAAUGCUUAAUGACAACAGAAAUGAUGAAGUUGAUUAUGCUGAGUUUACUCGUGCCAUCCUUGGUGAAAUGAAUGAAUAUAGGAAAGCAUUUGUGAGAAAAGUAAGUGGGUUUUAAAUAUAUACAUAUAUGUAGUUUAUCUACAUAUCUGUGUGGAUCACAGCAGACUGUGGGGGGUUCUUAAAGAAAUGGGAAUGCCUGACCACCUUAUCUGUCUCCUGAGAAAUCUCUAUGUGGGACAAGAAGCAACACUUAGAACUGGAUAUGGAACAGAUUAUUAAUUUGAGAGCCUUGAUGAGAUGAAUUGCUUGGCAGCAAAGACGCAGAGUACACCUGCUUCUCCUCCUGUUCCAACUGCUGGACUCCAGUAUCUGUUUUUUAAAAUCUGUUUUAUCAUAAUUUAGCUGUGUUGGAAUAUGGGUUUGUGAUGUUUUCACAUAUUACCGUAUUUUUCGCCCUAUAGGACGCACUUUUUCCCCUCCAAAAAUGAAGGGGAAACGUGUGUGCGUCCUAUGGGGCGAAUACAGGCUUUCGCUGAAGCCUGGAGAGCGAGAGGCUCUGCAGAACCCUCCGGAGCCCGGCGCCAAGCCGUGCCGGCCUCCGGAAGGUCGCGCAGAGCUGCCUGCGCUCCCGGGCUCCGCGCAGCUCUGCGUGACCCUCCGGAUCCCGGCGCCAAGCCGCGCCGGCCUCCGGAGGGUCGCGCAGAGCUGCCUGCCCUCCCGGGCUCCACACAGGAAAUUGAAUGCAGAUUUCCAAAAAAAAACGCAAGGAGAGACAAGAAGGCCUUCUUAAACGAGAAAUGCAAAGAAAUAGAGGAAAACAAUAGAAUGGGGAAAACCAGAGAUCUGUUCAAGAAAAUUGGAGAUAUGAAAGGAACAUUUCGUACAAAGAUUACCAUAAUAAAAGACAAAAGUGGAAAGGACCUAACAGAAGCAGAAGACAUCAAGAAGAGGUGGCAAGAAUACACAGAGGAAUUAUACCAGAAAGAAAUGGAUGUCUCGUACACCCCAGGUAGUGUGGUUCCUGACCUUGAGGCAGACAUCCUGGAGAGUGAAGUCAAAUGGGCCUUAGAAAGCACUGCUAAUAACAAGGCCAGUGGAAGUGAUGACAUUCCAGCUGAACUAUUUAAAAUUUUAAACGAUGAUGCUGUCAAGGUGCUACACUCAAUAUGCCAGCAAAUUUGGAAAACUCAGCAGUGGCCAGAGGAUUGGAGAAGAUCAGUCUACAUCCCAAUCCCAAAGAAGGGCAGUGCCAAAGAAUGCUCCAACUACCGCACAAUUGCACUCAUUUCACACGCUAGCAAGGUUAUGCUUAAAAUUCUACAAGGCAGGUUUAAGCAGUAUGUGGACCGAGAACUCCCAGAAGUUCAAGCUGGAUUUAGAAGAGGCAGAGGAACCAGAGACCAAAUUGCAAACAUGUGCUGGAUUAUGGAAAAAGCUAGAGAGUUCCAGAAAGACAUCUACUUCUGCUUCAUUGACUAUGCAAAAGCCUUUGACUGUGUUGACCACAGCAAACUAUGGCAAGUUCUUAAAGAAAUGGGAGUGCCUGAUCACCUCAUCUGUCUCCUGAGAAAUCUCUAUGUGGGACAAGAAGCUACAGUUAGAACUGGAUAUGGAGCAACUGAUUGGUUCAAAAUUGGGAAAGGAGUACGACAAGGCUGUAUAUUCUCCCCCUGCUUAUUUAACUUAUAUGCAGAAUUCAUCAUGCGAAAGGCUGGGCUGGAUGAAUCCCAAGCCAGAAUUAAGAUGGCUGGAAGAAAUAUCAACAACCUCAGAUAUGCAGAUGACACAACUUUGAUGGCAGAAAGUGAGGAGGAAUUAAAGAAUCUCUUAAUGAGAGUGAAAGAGGAGAGUGCAAAAUAUGGUCUGAAGCUCAACAUCAAAAAAUCUAAGAUCAUGGCCACUGGUCCCAUCACAUCCUGGCAAAUAGAAGGGGAAGAAAUGGAAGUAGUGAGAGAUUUUACCUUCUUGGGCUCCAUGAUCACUGCAGAUGGUGACAGCAGUCAUGAAAUUAAAAGACGCCUGCUUCUUGGGAGAAAAUCGAUGACAAACCUAGACAGCUAAAAAGCAGAGACAUCACCUUGCAACAAAGGUCUGUAUAGUUAAAGCUAUGGUUUUCCCAGUAGUUAUGUAUGGAAGUGAGAGCUGGACCAUAAAAAAGGCUGAUCGCCGAAGAAUUGAUGCUUUUGAAUUGUGGUGCUGGAGGAGACUCUUGAGAGUCCCAUGGACUGCAAAAAGAUCAAACCAAUCCAUCCUGAAGGAAAUCAGCCCUGAGUGCUCACUGGAAGGACAGAUCCUGAAGCUGAGGCUCCAAUACUUUGGCCACCUCAUGAGAAGAGAAGACUCCCUGGAAAAGACUCCGGGAGGCAGUGGAAGACAGGAGUGCCUGGCGUGCUCUGGUCCAUGGGGUCACGAAGAGUCGGACACGACUAAACGACUAAACAACAAGUUUAAAUACAGAUAACUAAGAAGUACUGAUCUGCUUAAUGCUUUAUUGUUAAAUGCUAUCUAGUAUUCAAUAUAUAUACUUUAAGAUCAUUAAUCACUAUAUGUUUUGAAGAAAAGUUUGCUUCCUCUGGUUUGUCAUUGAACAGUUCUUGUUGCCUUUAUAAUAAUUGACUUGCCCUGUUGACUUUUCUGGAACAACAAAUCAAUACCUUUGAAACUGCAACCAGAAUUCUGCAAGUGUUGAUACAAAUUUUACUCAUAUGAUUUGAUUCUGUACUCCUUUUGGGGGCAGGGAUGGGUGAUUGAGACUGGACAAGUUUCUAAAAUUUGUUUCUUACCAUCUGUAAAAGAGGAAUACUGUAUCAGUUUUCUGAUAAAUAUUUCCAGAUUGUGUCAUUAUUAAAAAACUAAUCAUGAUUUCAUUUACUUAAAGCGUUUCUAUACCACCCUUCUUAAUAUUUAUUAUAAGCAUUUCAGUUUGUAAUUUGUUUCUCUGUCUUUUCUCUCUUUCAGUCCCUCUUCCUCUCUUUUGCACUUUUUGCAUGCAUAACCCCACAAAAUGUGACUCCUUAAGGCCAGAAAUUGGUUAUGUGUGCCACAAUAAUGCACUGCAAAUAUCAAAACAAAUUAAAGGCAUGCACUGCAAAAUAGUCUUUCACCUGCAGGUCUGUUUUGCAUGCUAGAAUAAAGGUAUCAUUCCGGGUAUUUAAUCCUAUGGUCCUUGAACCCGUUAGGCAUUUCACUUUGUGAAAAUAUAACUCCUGUUUUGAACAGUACCAAUCCUUUUUUUCUUCCUUUGGCAACGGAUGUGCAGAAAGAGAGAGGAAUUUUAUUUCUAGGUCAUUUGAAUAAAAUUUGUCAGUUGGUGAGAAAAUGAGUGAGUCAGUGAGAAAAUGCUUUAUGCAUCAGGCAGAAAAAAGUGUUAAUGAAUUGGCAGUGUUGACCAAAAAAAAAAAAAAAUCUAAAAAACAAAACAAAACCCUUCACCCUAAACAGACUUGUGGGCAUGAAAUACCUGACUUGGAUCCAUGUAAGUUACACUCACAGUAUGAAAUUGAUGUACUUAAGUUAGUCAGGUCUAUUAAUUUCAGUGGGCUUAGUCUUUGAGUAGGAAUAACAUUGGAGACAAUUUAUAUUUUGACGUAAAAGUCAUUAAACAGCCUGCUUUCCUGAUACCAGUUACAAAAGUUACAGUUUUAAAUUGUAUGCCACUUCAAUAUAUUUUUUUAAAAGUGGUAUAUAAAUACUUCAAUAAAUAAAUAAAUAAAUAAAAUGCUUGCUUCCAGUGAAGUGUGUGUAGUUAAGCACACCCAGCUAUUUACUUUACUAUUCCAUUUUUUAUCUUUCUCCAAACCCAACAUGGGGGUGUAGGUUCAUAACUAAGAUGAUUUCUUUACUUAUGGUUUUGUUUUUUUUAAAUGCACAUUCUGUCUUUUUAAGGUCAGACCAACCAAUUAAUUCUUAUCAUUCAAGAUGCCAGGUGUAUGUGAGCAUAAUUUGUGUUUCUCUUCCUUGCUCUUUUCUGACCGUUGUCUUUGUUUCAGGCUUAUAUGAAGCUGGAUUAUAACAAAACUGGCAGUGUUCCUAUGACAGAUAUCAAGAAAUGUUAUUGUGCUAUAAAACAUCCUCAAGUCGUAGCAGGUAAUUAAUGUACAAGAAAGUAAUUGUUGAUUUGUCUUGUUAUCAACAUCGUAUUAUCUAUCCCACUUCUUCUGACUGGCCCAACAACACAAAGUGAAAGGACGAUGUCUAUUCUGACCUCUCUGAACUUGUGGGGAAGGCAGGGCGAGUCACUCAUAUUGUGUGCCCUGUUUUGGUGUAAAUGGCAAAAGGUGGUUGUUGGUUUUUUUGCCACAACUGCAUUCUCUUGGCCUAACUGGAAUAAGAGGCUGGUGCUCCCUUAGGACUUCUAAGAUGUGCCACAGGAUGGGAGGGACUGAGGUUACAACAAUUAAUGACUGGUCACAAAGGCUAUUUGUGGAUUCCUAAGUUUGUCCAUUAGGGGAGGGAAAAUACUUGUUUUGAUUAAGUACCAGAUUUCCACGUACAUAUCUUUGAACAGAUACCAUUACAACCUUUUGGUACCACAAUAAGCUGUAAUGAACACUGCUGAACACGUGACAAAAAAUUAACAUGUGCUCAUUUAUCCCAAGGCGAGUGGUCAAUACUGUGUCCAUCGUAUAGUCUGAAAAGGUAUGAAGAAGACUCACAAAGUAUACAGAAACUCUGUGAUCGAAUUCCCAGCCCCCUCAAUACUGAUGUAACAACUCAGGGAGAAGGGCUCAAAGCUUUUUGCUUUGGGUUGAUAGUGAUUGAAAGGAGUAGAUGCCUUGCACAUUGCUUUCUGACCCAUUUUAGUCACACUUUGGGAAUGUGGGAAAGAGGGGAGCUAGCAUCUUCUUGUCAACAAUUCACAUCUUAUAUGAAUGGCUUGCCUUACAUUUUGAUAAUAAAGUUACCAACUGACUCAAAAAAUAGACUAUGCUGCUCCAGUGCUUUUAACAGCAACUAAGGUUUAAUUUGUGAUAAUUGAACUUGAAAAUAUUGUCUGAAAUAUGAAUACGAGUAUUGAUUAUAAUCAUUGUGAUAUUGAAAACAGGCUAGUGAUUCUUUCUUACUUUCUUGGUUUAUUUAAUUUAGAAACAAUAUGGUGUAAAAUGGGUUUGAAAAAUGGUUAUAUCAUGGACAUAGCAAUGAAGGCUGGUAACUUCCAAGCCACUAUUCUGUGUAUAUUUAUCAAGAAUUCUUCAAAUCCAUACUAUAGAACAAGAUUGCUUUGUUUAAUUUCCUCAUUCAUAUCUAUAGAUUGGGAUAAUGAAAGACUAAAAAAUCUGAGAUAAAAUUCCCUUUGACCUUCUCCUGCCUUGGUUUGCCUCCUGCAAUUUUCACUUAAGAAAUCCCUUUAUGUUAAAUUCUUAUCGUACUUUUAAUAACAAUGACACAUGGAUUUUGAUUUUGUUUAAUUUUUUUUGCUCUCUUGGCAUCCCUGCUAAUGUCUUUAAUAAUAAGCAAUAUUUUAACAGGUGAUGCAACAGAAGAAGAAAUUAGAUCUUCAUUUCUGGAAACUCUGGAGGAUGCCUGCAGCAAUGCUAAUGAAGUGUCAUUCUGUGAGUUUGAGGACUAUUAUGAAGGAUUAAGUAUUGGAAUUUUGGAUGAUGAAGAUUUUGUUAACACAUUAAGGAACCCCUGGGGUAUUUAG